AUGCCGGGCGCCGCGGGGGUCGAGAACCCCGCCUUCGAGCCCCCCAGCCCCGCCGCGCCGCGCCGCGCCGCCUCGCCCACCCUCGUCCGCCUGUCCGUGCCGGCCGCCGCGCCCCCCGCGCCGCCCGCGCCGCCCGCGCCGCCCCCCGAGCCCCCCGCGCCCCCCGCGCCCGCGUCCGACUCCGAGGAGGGCCCGUGCGGCUGGGGGAGUCUGCAGCCGCGGGGGCUGCAGCGCUGCAACACGCCGCAGGGCUUCCUCGCCCACUACUGCCUGCUGGCGCUCACGCAAGGUAUUGUGGUCAAUGGCCUCGUAAAUAUCAGCAUCUCCACAAUUGAGAAGCGCUACGAGCUAAAGAGUUCCCUCACGGGCCUGAUAUCGUCAAGCUACGACAUCUCCUUUUGUUUGCUGAGUUUAUUCGUCUCCUUCUUUGGUGAGAACGGACACAAGCCCAGAUGGCUUUCGUUUGCAUCCUUUAUGAUAGGACUGGGAGCAUUUGUAUUUUCACUGCCAAGAUUUUUCAGUGGGCCCUACCAAAUGGGGUCCCUUUUUGAAGAUACUUGCUCGACGGCGGGGAAUAGGACCAGCUGCAACUCGUCAGGUUCCUCCCUUUCCAACUUCCUGUAUGUCUUCAUCCUGGGACAGCUGUUUCUGGGGACAGGAGGGACUCCUCUCUACACCCUGGGCACGGCCUUUAUCGAUGAUUCUGUCCCCACACACAAGUCUUCCCUCUAUAUAGGAAUUGGCUAUUCUAUGUCCAUCUUGGGCCCUGCUAUCGGCUAUGUGUUGGGAGGGCAGCUGCUGACUGUGUACAUCGACUUCGGCAUGGGGCAGAGCAUUGAUAUCACCGAGGAUGACCCGAGAUGGCUGGGAGCAUGGUGGAUCGGAUUUCUUCUGGUGUGGCUUUUUGCAUGGUCUUUGAUAAUACCGUUUUCUUGCUUUCCAAAGCAUUUACCAGGAACUGCACAAAUUCAAGAAGGAAAAAUUUCCCAGACCCAUCAGAGUAAGAGUACUUCUGAACAGACAUCAGAUGAAAAUUUUGGAAAAAGCUUUAAAGAUUUUCCAGCUGCUCUAAAGAAUUUGAUGAGGAAUACUGUCUUUAUGUGUUUAGUUCUAUCAACUUCUUCAGAAGCCUUAGUUACUACUGGAUUUGCUACAUUUUUACCUAAAUUUAUAGAAAACCAGUUUGGAUUGUCAUCCAGCUUUGCUGCUACCCUCGGAGGGGCUAUUUUAAUUCCUGGCGCUGCUCUUGGCCAGGUUUUAGGUGGUGUCCUUGUUUCAAAAUUCAGAAUGACAUGUAGAAGCACAAUGAAGUUUGCUUUGAUUACAUCAAUCAUUGCUUUCGGACUGAGCUCUGUAUUUUUAUAUGCCAACUGUGAGAAUGAGCCAUUUGCUGGUGUUACUGAAUCAUAUAACGGGACAGGAGAGCUGGGAACCUUGACUGCUCCAUGUAACACUGACUGUAACUGCUUGAGAUCGUAUUAUUAUCCCGUCUGUGGAGCAAAUAGAGUCCAGUACUUCUCUCCGUGCUUUGCAGGUUGCAAACACUCUUUUUCCCAAGGACAGUCAAAGGUGUAUAACAACUGUUCCUGUAUUGAACGGAGGACAGGAGUACCUCCUACUGCAGAACCCGCAGGCUUUGAAGCUAAAGCUGGAAAGUGUGAAACUCGGUGUACAUACUUGCCCAUAUUCCUUGGAGUUUUCUUUAUUACGGUUAUUUUUACCUUUAUGGCUGGUACUCCUGUAACUGUUUCCAUACUAAGGUGUGUUCAUCACAGACAACGCUCGUUUGCAUUGGGGAUACAGUUUAUGCUGCUUCGAUUACUAGGCACAAUACCUGGGCCGAUCAUAUUUGGCCUCACGAUAGACAGCACCUGUACUCUCUGGGAUGUCAAUGAAUGUGGAGUCAAAGGAGCCUGCUGGAUCUACAACAACAUCAGGAUGGCUCACAUGCUGGUGUCCAUAAGUGUUGUGUGUAAAAUUGUCACCAUUUUCUUCAUUGGGCUUGCAAUUUUUUUGUACAAACCACCACCAUCGUCCUGUGCAGACAUGUCCUUUCAGAAUCAGGACACAGUUGUGAGUACUGUUUCUGUCCAGUGUGACCUCCACAAAGCAGGAGACGAAGGGUGACGUGGAAACGGAGGAGGCUUAUGCAGCAGGAAGAUUCCCCUCGGUUGUAAGAAUGCUCACUGCCAUUGCAGCAUUACCCAAGGGACAAUUAUUUUUAAAAUUGCUAUUUUACCAUUGAAUAUAUUUUUGUGUGUAUGUAUAGACUUAUGCUUUUGUUUUAAUGUAAGUAACAGACUUGUGCCUUUAAAUCCCACCUAAAGACUAAAAGCAUGUGAUUACACGUGCACGAACUCACACACACACAUAUAUGCUCACACACACACACACACACACACACACACUCACACAUACUCACACACUCACACACACUUAAAUUUCCUAUAGUCUAGGUAUGGAAAACUAAAUUUCUAAUAAAUUAGAAUAAGAGCUGAUUAAUUUCAAAUUUUACAUAAAAAGUGGAGAUUGUUCUUUUAUAUAACUUGUUUAAAUUUCAUUGCUAAUAAUGGGGGCUUACUUGAAUAGGUAGGGUAUAAAAAUUUAAACUACUCAAAUUUAGAUGAUGCUUUUCAAUAGCUUUCUCAAAAGCUCAUGAAUUUCAAACCAGCUAACUAAUGUUAUUUGUUCUAAAGUUUGUAAUACUAUUCUGUCCUCUACUGCAGAAAGUUAUUGAAUUAUUAAGAUAUAGUUCAUUUUGUGUCCCAGUAUAUAGUAAAUAUGGGAAAAUCAGUAUUGUAUACCUAUAUUUUAAUUUUGACUCAAGGGUUCUAGAAAGUAAUAUUUUUUAUGUUGCAGAUUUUAACACUUUUUAUGAUUCUGUGAUAGUAUUAUUAAAUUAACAUUCAUUCCAGAGGAAAUUACCAGCUCCAGGAAAGAAAAGUGCCAAUUAGACUUGAAGAGAUACCUUAAUGAACCAUUGAUCAAUGUUUAUAUACUUGGAACUUAAUUUUUCUAAUUAAAACAAAAAAAACCUGAUCAUCCACUACAUUUCUUUUACCACCUAAAAUAUUGGUUUGCUUAUUAAUAGGUGUGUGUUAUUAUUGUAUGAUUAAAACAUUAAACUCUGCUCUUUAGCUCAUCUGUUUAUUUCAAAGAAACUAUUUCACAUAUUGGUAAUAUUGGAACACUGUUUUUAUUUGGUCAAACUUAGGCCAAGUUUGUCUACUCAGUAUAUGGAGAAAAUAGCUCAGUUAAUAGCAACCAAAAUAAUUUCUGGUCAAAAAUUAUACUGAGUAAGAGAAAUAUUGGUGUACAUCCUAUUUGAAAUUUUUGAGAUUCUGUCUAAUAAGAUCAGUCUCAGUUUUCCCUAGGUUAGCUUUUCAUAAGCAGGUGCUAGACACACUGUGAUUACAAUUAUCAACAAAGACCUGAAGUUGAUUACCAGGAUCAGCGUAAUUCAGAGUGUAGAGAUAUGUUCGGUGAAAAGUUGUGAUAAUGAUUUAUGAAAGUAGAAGCACAGAUUAAAGUACAAGAGAGAAUGAGUUAGGGGUGAAGGAAGUAAGUCCCUCAGGGGGUCAGGAGAGCAGCAACCAGGAACUAGAGGCACAGACUGACCCAAACCAGAAACCGUGGGAACACUUGAGGGUGAAGUCAGAUCACAGUGAAAAAAAACUCCGGUAUUUCAGAUGCAGGGAAUUCAGAGCAACAUACAGGACAGUGGGGGAAGGCAUGAUAACUGUUCAGAAGCAGGUUCCCUUCUAUCCACUCACAAUUUAUUUUUUUUUUUUAAUGAUAAGGGGAUUUUGAGCCACAUCUGGCUGUACUCAGGGCUGACUUGGGGCUCUUUGCUCAGGAAUCACUGCUGGCUGUGCCCAGAGCUGGACAGGGCAUGGUCACAGCCAAGAGAAUGCCUCUCUACUUCUCUCUGGCCCCAGCAACACUCACUGUGUAAGUACCGCUUCCUCUUGGAGCCAAGGCUAGCAGCGAUUAGGUUCUGUCUGUCAUGUACAUGGAAGCUAAGAAUCAAAACCAAACCUUUUCUAGUUGUAAGAUAGUGACAGAUACUGAAAAACUCAUUGGUGGAGUGGUGGAACAACUGCCAAGAAGAAACAGAAUAACUGCAAGUGAUCCCGGUACUCAGCCACUAAUUUAGAAGAAAGUAAACUGCUUCAUUUAUAGUUUCGAUCAUCAAGUCACUAAACCAUUGGCAUUCAGAAUGAUUUUUUAGUUAUAAAGGAUUUUGUUAAAUUCAGUUAUUAAGGAUUUACUUAUAAAGGAUUUUGUUAACUCAGGAUGUUACAUUUUGUGAACUUUUCAUGAAAAUGAUGGAGUGGAAAUUUUGGUACUUGAAGAAAUCAGGCUCUGAUUUACAAAAAUAACUCUUUCAUGAUGGGGCAGUAUUGACACUACAGUAAUUUAUAAAUGUUUAUACUUUUAAUUCAUCUAAGACUAUAUGGUUUUUAUGUUACUGUAGAACAGAGUUUCAUAAUAUAUUACUUUUCAGAACUUAUAAUUAUUUUUAAGUAAGCCUCAAGAAGUUGACCAAUGAUGAGAUUUGUACAUAAUUGGAUAUGUGUAUUUAAGCGAUGUAACAUUUGGAUUUUAUUAAUGUAAGGUAAAUCCUUAUA